GAAUGAUUCCAAGCAAGAAAGAAGAAAAGGGGGUUUUCAAAAGUGUGAAUUGACUGACAAGCCAUUUUAUGGUACUCCAUUUUUAGGGCAGAGAAGUUGCCAUCGGACCCCUCUCUCCACUCCACGUUUAAAGAUGGGGAAACAACAAAGCUGAUUUCUUGUCAGUGUCGCGUGCUCCCUCACACCUCUCUCUCUCUUUCUUUCUUUUAUCGUCUCUCAGAACAUUUAUAGCGGACAAGAGAAAAGAGACACUGUAAAUUUGUGUCGCUCUAUACUGGGCUUAUUCCUGCUUGCUCCACUGGGUGGGUUUGGCAGUAUUCCGUUCUCAUCAAUUGCCCAGAUUCAGCUCAUCAGGCAUCUUUUCUCGAAGCUAUAAACCUCAGCUCUGUAAAAAACCACAGACAGGAAUAUUCUCUGUCCCCCCGCUGUGGCUGGUUCUUCAAGAUAUAUGAAGAUGCUGUUCUCUGUUGCAGGGUAGUUUGAGUUCUAAAGUGAAAUAUAGCAUGGGAGCAUAACUCUUGAAGUUUGGAAGGAGAAGCCGAUUGUUGAUUGCCAAGAUGAAGUUUAUGAAACUUGGAUCCAAGCCCGAUUGCUUUCACUCAGCAGGAAACAAUGUCAGAUACAUUGCUUCUGAUUUGGCAUCAGACAUCAUCAUUUUCGUAGGAGAAGUGAAGUUUUACCUGCAUAAGUUCCCACUUCUUUCAAAGAGUUCGCUCUUGCAAAAACUCAUCGCGAAGUCAGUUGAAGGAAACGGUGAGGUCCACCUUGACGAAAUCCCUGGCGGGCCCGCGGCUUUUGAAAUAUGUGCCAAGUUUUGCUACAGUGUCGCUGUCACGCUGAAUGCGCACAAUGUGAUUGCAGCCCGUUGUGCUGCAGAGUAUUUAGGAAUGCACGAAAACGUUGAUAAAGGGAACCUUGUUUACAAGAUUGAUGUUUUCUUGAGCACAAGCAUUUUCAGGAGCUGGAAAGAUUCCAUAAUUGCCCUUCAGACCAUGAAGUCUCCACAACUGCCUUUGUGUGAGGAACUGAAGCUGUUCAGCCACUGCGUCGACUCCAUAGCUUCCAAGGCAUCUGCUGACGUGUCAAGGGUUGAUUGGUCCUAUACCUAUAACCGAAACAAGGCCUCGGAUGAGAUUGGCUUGAGAAACAGAGUAGUGCCAAAGGAUUGGUGGGUGGAGGACUUGUCUGAGCUUGAUGUUGAUUUAUAUAAACAGGUCAUUGUCACCAUCAAGAAAAAAGGGAUAGUUCCAAAUGCAGUGAUUGGAGAAGCUCUGAAAACUUAUGCUUCAAGACGGCUGCAAGGCUACCACGAAAAGGGCGCAGAAUUCGAUGCUUCCAAAUAUCAAUCCGUAUUGGAUACAAUCUUGACUCUUUUACCCCCGGAGAAGGGCAGCGUCUCCACCAGCUUCUUGCUUAAACUGUUGAAAGCGUACAUUUCACUUGGUUCAGGAGAAACGUCUCAGAAAGAACUGAUAAAGAGAAUAGGCCUCCAACUGGAGGAGGCUUCUAUCAAUGAUCUUCUGAUCAGAACCUCAGACAUGGAACCAAAAACCAUGUACAAUGUAGAUGUAGUCCAGACAAUAUUAAGAGAGUUCAUGACAUCCAACCAGGAGGAACCCAGAACUGAACCAGAAGCCCGCGACGAGAUUCAGGAGGUCAGAAAGAAGCCUUCUGGUGUUUUGACUGAAGCUUCAAAGCUGAUGGUGGCAAAGUUGGUCGACGGUUACCUUGCUGAGAUCGCCAAAGAUCCCAAUCUUUCUUGUUCAACCUUCAUUGGUUUGGCAGAGAUGGUGGCUAGUUUUCCCCGGCCUGCCCAUGAUGGCCUUUACCGGGCAAUCGACAUGUACCUCAAGGAGCACCCAGGGAUGAGCAAGAGUGAGAGGAAGAGAAUCUGCAGACUGAUGGACUGCAAGAAGCUCUCCCCAGACGCAUGCAUGCACGCGAUACAAAACGACAGGCUCCCGUUACGUGUGGUCGUCCAAAUCCUGUUUUUCGAGCAAGUCAAGUCCGCGGCGGCGGCUAACAACGCGUCGUCUUCUUCCGGAAGCACCACCCCCGACCUCCCCGCCGCCGCCGCCAAACCGGCCGGAAACUCCGUCUCCUACGGCAGCUCCCGCUCCUUCACCACCACGGAAGAGGAGUGGGACGCGGAGGAGGUGAGGGCUCUGAGGAGCGAGCUGGCGGCUCUGAAGCUGGGGAAUGCUGCCGACAAGGCGGCGGCGGCCACCAUCGGCAAGAUGAAAGGUCUGGUGGUUCCGAAGAGGGUUUUUGCCAGAAUCUGGUCUGGCAAAGGCGGGCAUGGCAGCGGCGACAACAGCGGCUCGGAUUCUUCGGGGAGUAGUCUUGGGUGCAAUGCCGCCGCGGAGGACGCGAAGUCGUCGUCCACUCCUUCAAGGAAAUCAAAGCGUUCAGUUUCUUAGCUUCCCCCCCUUCCAUAUUUAUUAACAACAUUAGUGGUAAGUGCCAGAAAAAUUGUAAUGUUGGGCUGCUUAGAUUGUGUUACUCCUUACUGCUGUAGGUUGUGGUUGGUCUGUUUUUUGGUGGUUGGUAUUUAGCAAAACUC